AUGCCCAAAAAGAACGACUAUGGCGACAUCGACUUCCUAGUUUACAACUUUCCAUGGGAAGAAACCGUCCAUCUUGUCAAAGACGCCUUCAAAACCGCACAUGGCCGUCGAGGCUAUCUCACCAAUGAUUGCAUGUAUUUUGCCGUCGAUACACCAUGUGACGGAGAAGAUUAUUUCAUCCAGAUUGAUGUUAAAGUCUGCUUCAAGCCAGAGUUGUUCGAAUGGUACACAUUUGAGCUCAGCUAUGCAAGUAACAGUAAAAUUAUUGGGAGUAUGGUGAAGCCUUUAGGGCUCACUAUUGACCCUGAAGGCAUUCAUAUUCGCGUCAAAGACUUAGAAGAGACCGAUCAUAACGAGAGUAUGGUAUGGAUCAGCAAGGAUCCAAAGGAUAUCCUAAGAAUUGCUGGUUUGGAUUUCAGAAUCGUGAAAGCUGGGUUCAGCACCAAGGAAGAGAUAUACAAGUAUCUUACUAGUUCAUGGCUCUUCAAUCCAGCGCAUUUUGCUGCACGGCUCGCCGAGGAAAACUAUCAAGACCGACUAGAAGAACGAUCUGCGCCUUGGACUUACUUCAUCAAAGAGUGGGUGCCCGAGCACUAUCCUGGCUACCGCUUUACUACUAGUUCUCCAGAAACUGUAAAGCUCGAAGAUGGCAGUACGGAAAAUAACCCUCAAGAUCUCCAAGCAUGGUACAAGCACACCAGAUCUGUUGUCCGCGACAAAGUCUUCACCAUGUUUCCCAACACCGCAGAACAGUACUACACCAAACGCGCCGCCAUCUCAGAAAGCUCGAAGAACAAAGAUUGGCAAAUCUAA